AUGGGUAAUUACCAGAGAGACCCCUAUUAUCCUCCUCCAGGCUAUGCCCCACCUUAUCCGCCACCAGGUUACCCAUCAGCGCCGCCGCCGCAGGGGUAUGCAACGUACCCACCACCGCCGCCGCCUCCACAGUAUCAAAGUUACCAAAGCUAUUUCAAUCAAGGGUACUCUUCGCCACCUCCUUCAUAUUACCACUGCCACCACGUGCAGCAUCAUCACGAUGAUAACCCCGGUUUUACUUCAUUAUUACAAGGCUGGUAG